AUGUCAUUCAGAAUUGAGUGGCUUACAUUUGAGGCAGAACAAUACAUGCCAAUACUGAACUUUUGUUUGGUUGGAGUAACAAGAAGUCUCGAUAUGUUGUCAGAUAAGGUGAUUUUUUCUGUGUUAUUCAUUGGGAUUUGUAUACCUGUACUCAAUGCUCGGACAUUGCAUAAACCGGACAAGAAAGACAAGCUAUCUGUGAAGAGCGAUGUCGAAAUAGUUUCCAAACUUUUGGAUGUGAACGAAUUCAAGCACCACACCUACGAAGAGACAUUAUGGUUCAUGAAAUAUUUCGCUUCGAAAUAUUCCGAUAUUGCUGCUCUGUACGAUAUUGGGGAAUCUGUACAGAACAGGAAACUUUGGAUUCUUGAAAUCUCUGGAAAUCCCGGAAGGCACGAUCCUGGCGAGCCGGAAGUAAAACUCGUUGGGGGUAUUCAUGGCGAAGAAGCGAUCAGUAAAGAGAUAUUACUACAGUUUAUAAAACUUCUUUGUGAGAAAUAUGAUAAAGAUCCUGAGUUAACAAAACUUGUGGAUACUACUCGUAUUCACAUACUACCAAGUCUAAACCCAGAUGGUUAUGCAAUGGCAAGAACCAAGGGAGAAACUCGGCGUGGGAUUGGACAUACUAAUGCACACGGCAUAGACUUGAACAGAAAUUUCCCAGAUCAAUUCUUCCCUACUAUCUCGCCCGCACAACCCGAAACUGAAGCAGUUGAAAAAUGGAUUAACUCGCAUCCUUUCGUUCUCUCGGCUAGCCUGCAUGCGGGAUCACUGGUAGUAACAUACCCUUACGAUGAUUCGCCGUCGGGACAGAGUGUAUACAGUGCUACGCCAGACGACGAUGUUUUCCGACAUCUCGCGAAAGUAUAUUCAGUUAACCAUCCCACAAUGCAUCUAGCAAAUCCAAAACUAAACUGCACGGCCAAUGGUCCACAUUUUAUUGAUGGUGUUACAAAUGGUGCGAAAUGGUUCAGUGAAGCAGGAGGAAUGCAAGAUUAUAACUACGUACGUUCUAACUGUUUUGAGGUUACCAUACAACUUGGUUGUGAUAAAUUUCCGAAUGCCUCAAAGAUCGAAACGUAUUGGAAAGAUAAUAAAAAGUCUUUGAUUAAUUUUAUCGAAGAGGUAAGGAACGAUAUAAGCAAUUUAACAUUAUUACAGUACAUAAUAGACAAACGAAACUACAAAGCAUACUGAGUAAAUGUCAUGCAGAGACAAUACGAUAGAAAAAGUAAUUUAAAUGGUAAAUCAGUAAAUGUCAGCAGAUAUUGCAAAAAUGCAGUAUUAAUUACAGAUUACUCGCUCUUUUUAUUAAAAAUACAGCAGUAUAUGUGUCCAUUAAUUAUUUCAAGCAAAACAUUUUUAAAUGUUUAAAAACAGAAAGGAGGUUAAGGUUUCAACGAGCGCAAAACAAAAAACCCAGUCGUGUUCAGUCUAUAAAUUGUUUGAUAAAGAAAAGGAGAUUCGAUUGACAUUAAACCUGACUGAUGAAUUUAAGUCUUAGUACAACUUCCUUGAAUAAGAUGAAGUAUAUUUAUCAACUUAGGUCAGUUACGUGUGCGAUAUAGAAAAUCCUAGUCUGCAUGAAUACAUCAUCUUUUGUUCGUUUUGUAUAACUUGACGUCAACAACUUUGAUAUUAUUAAACAAAUCCAUUGGGACUCUUAAACUAAAAGUAUAUCUCACGUUCCGUUCUCACCUGAAAGAGGUCUUUCUAUAUUUAUUAAUUAUAUAUAAUAGUGAAUAAAACGUACGACCCUUUAUAUGUUGUUGAAUAUGCACAUAUACACUGGUAGGAAUCCACCACGAAAACUGUAUUUCAAAUUUCGUUGGGCCGCAGCCAACGUUUAAAGGUUCUUGAGAACCGACAGAAGAUUUGAUUAAAAUGCUUAACUGCUUCUAGGUGCACACAGGAGUGAAAGGUUUUGUUAGAGACAUCAAUGGUCAGCCUGUGGAAGGAGCAAGUAUUACUAUAUCUGAUCGUCAGCACCCCGUCACCACAGCAACAAAUGGCGACUACUGGAGGCUACUAGUACCAGGCUCUUAUGAAAUAGCAGCCACAAGCACGGGAUAUAAGCCCCAACGAAAAGUAGUAGAAGUUCAUUCUGAUCAUGUUUCUGUCCUUGAUUUUAAUUUGAAACCAGUUCAUGAUGAUGGUGAUGAACCUUACACUGGCGUAAGUCCCAAUUUUAGUGACUUUAUUAGGUAGCUAUUCCCACUGUGGAGUUUGUUCACAUUGUGGUAGCAUGCGGAUAUUUGGAUAACUUAGAAUUUAAUGUACCUUUGCGUUUAAAUGUAAAAAUAGGUCAAAACCAUGAGAAACAGGAUGGCAUGGAGAACAAUGGUAUUUUCAAAACAAUGAAAAGAGAAAGGAACAUUCCAACACUAUUAGUAUGCUAAGUGUUAUGGGAAAAGCGCAUUGUGUUGACCGUUAACAAAUUUUAGGUUUGAAAUCUUUCGUGCGGCGUGUAAUUAUUUAGGGCAUUUUUUAACCAUAUAACUACUGGGGCAUUUACCCCAGUAGGCCCUUUGCUUGCCCCAGUAGUGAAGCAUGAUUUUCAGACGAGCUGGGCCCUUUUGAUCAUUAGUAAAAAGUCAACCUUGCCUGCUUUCUCAUAUCCUCUCACAUUCUCGACAUUCCAUCUUAUAAAAGUCAGCACAGGGUGCUAAAAGGGGUUGUGGGUUGGAACACCCCAAAUCGUCUGGUAGUCUGCAAACUAUCUAAUCCCAGUUGGAUAGGAAGGAGAGAAAAUAAAACACUGAUACAAAUUUAAUAAUUGUAGCUAAAAUUAUGGAAAAAUUAAACAAACAAUGCUACGUUAACCCAAACGAAAAUGAAAAGUAUAAUGUACGGAAAAUCUGUGAUGUUGAGCCGUGAAGCCCCCCCCCCCCCUCGCUCGCCAUCAAUUUUGGGAAAAGAAAUACUAAUUAGAGUUUGAAAUUAGUAGGCAAUAUUUCACUUAUACCCCCCCCCCCUUCAAAUUGGGCUAGGGCCGCCCCUGAGCACAUAAUGAUUGUGUGGGGAAAAGGCCCUUAUUGAGACUUAGCCCCAGUAGUUGUAAUUUCUUAAAAAAUGCCCUGGAUGUGCAUGUGUCAACGUUUUCAGUUACGUAUUGUGUACCAUGGUAAAAAUGCAGGCAGCUAAGGUCGAAGAACGACCAUGCUUUAAUAAUGGUUUUAUGAUAAGUAUGCUGCAUUCACAAAUGCUCGGAUUUGGAACAUAAUAAAACGGCUAUAGUUUCUUGUUUCCUGUUAUAGUAUUAUUGUAACCACACACAAUACUCACAUAACCACACAUAAUACAUACAAUGUACUUACCACAUCGUGUAAUUUGUGUUUAUUAUUUCAGUUGUUUUACGAUGAUCCACGGGAAGGCGGCAAGCGAACUUGGCCAGCGGCUGGUAGUAGAUCACGUGACAGUGAUGGUACAGUUCCUGAAGAUACAAAAGGAGAUUUCUCAGACGCAUCUUCAAAUGAAUACGAUGACCGACCACGGUAGGUAGAGAUUUUCUAAUAAUUCGCGGAUACUUCGUCCUAGUUAACAGUUAUAUAUCUUAUACAAACAACAUACCCGACUUUCGUUCUUUGUCCAUGGCCAAGACCAAGUAAAUAGGGAUGGGGCUCAGCCUCAGGUGCUCGGCGUAAUCCCCCUCCCCGCGGCACUCCAUGUUUACCAGUGUAUAAUUUUGAAAGCGACCAUGCCAGUAGGAUAAAUGUGGCAUCACUUCAUUAAUUUUGGUGUGGUGUUCAAAUUAAGUCAAAACAUCGAGGGACAGUCAACAAUGCUACAUCUGACAAUCAUAUCUCAGAAACACAUGUGUCUAUUAAAUGCAGGAUGUAUCUAUCCACACAGAUAUAAUGAUCUUCAUAGAUAUGAUAAUGGACGAACUAGGCUGACUGAGUCUCUCAACUGAAUAUCUGGAUGUCUCAUUAGGGCUUCCCAAUAGCUCUGGAGUCAGGGGGUUGGUACGGUACACCAGAGUCUUGGGUUGAUUGUCGGUUGGGAUAUCCAGAAAUGGACCAGCUGUAGAAUUAAUUUCCAACGGGGUAUUAGACUCCAUUGGAAUACAACUAUUUGUGCUGAGGCAACUGUAAUCAGUAAAGAUCGUACGUUAUAUCGGUUUUAGAGGGGAAAAUUCAGCAGUUAAACGCCCUGCUUCUCCAGAAGAGGAAGAAGACGCUUCUUCAGAAAGAAAGGAUCACUUAGCGAGCGCCACAGGCAGCACACAAACUACCAACAAAAAAUCCGAGGAAGCAAAACAACACGAGUCCGCCACACCAAAUCCUUCACCAAGAAAGCAAACCACUCCCCUGAAACAAAAGAACGCUGCAAUUGGAACGAAAGUUGUUUGCCAUGUACGAGGGAAAGCAGGAAGUUUGAAAGGCGUUUUGAAAUGGGUCGGUUACCUUCCAACAUUACCCAAGACAAAAGAUAAUAUUGUGGCAGGAAUCGAGUUGAUAAAGCAGGAUAAGUUGGGUACCGAUGGAUCAUUUAUGGGCAAGAGAUACUUCACAGCUACUUCAAAGCGUGGGUAUUUUGUCAGAUAUAAGGACUGUAAGAAGGUUAAGUAA